UAAAUAUUUCCCAUUCAAUUGCAGCCUCCGAAUCUGCUGAACCAGAAGAAUCCGAAGAACCGGAAGAAUCUGAGGAACCUGAAGGUUCGGAACCAGCAGAAUCCUCGCCAAUGGAACAAGCAGCUUCUGAAUCUGAGGAGCCAGAAGAAUCAGAAGAGCCUGAGGAAUCAGAACCAGUAGAGUCAUCACCAGUAGAACAAGCAGCAUCCGAGUCAGAGGAGCCAGAAGAAUCAGAAGAACCUGAGGAGUCGGAGGGCUCAGAAGGAGCAGAAUCAUCGCCUGUAGAACAAGCAGCGUCAGAGUCAGAAGAGCCAGAAGAAUCAGAAGAGCCUGAAGAAUCGGAAGCACCCGAAUCCUCUCCAGUAGAACACUCGGCUUCGGAAUCAGAAGAGCCCGAAGAAUCUGAAGAGCCAGAAGGUUCCGAAGGAGCAGAAUCAUCACCAAUUGAACAUGCAGCAUCUGAAUCAGAAGAGCCUGAGGAAUCAGAAGAACCUGAGGAAUCAGAAGGAGCCGAGUCCUCGCCAGUAGAACACGCAGCAUCGGAGUCAGAGGAACCUGAAGAAUCGGAAGAGCCCGAAAGCUCAGAACCAGCCGGAUCAUCUCCUGUCGAACAUACAGGCGAAUCUGAAUCCGAAUCUCCUCAGCCAUCUGAAUCUGCUGAACCUUCUGAAGAAGAAGAAGAGGAAGAUGACGAUGAUGACGAGGAUGAUGAGGAUGAUGAGGAAAAUGAGUCAUCGUUCAGCGAAAGCGUAGGUCCGCAUACAAAAAAGCCAGUCCCCCAUAAUCGCACGCCAUCUACCACUUCCGCGAAGACCACUACUAUCACUACUGCCACCCCAACCACCGUAGCCGUCCAAUCCACCACACCCCGUCUUGUUGCCACCACCCAGGAAGGUUGCCAGGUCUUCUGUCCACUCUCCGGAACGAAGGUGUGUACUACAGCGGGUGUCUUCGAUAGCGAGUGCCUCUUCAACUUCUUCAAGUGUCUGGGUAAGAUCGGCGAGGAUGAGGUGGUUCUUUUCGACGGUGAAUGCCCGACGACAACAGCACCGAAGAUCAAGACACCACUGAAGCCGGAUUUGAUCACAAAGGCCCCUGUCCUGCCAACGACGACAAAAGGACGAUGUCCAGGAUCAUGUCCCAUGAUAAAUGACCCCGUCUGUGCGACCUACACAGCUCUCAUGUCUUUCUUCUCGACUCCCGAACCUACCCCCAGCCUCGUCACCUACACCAAUGAGUGUGUGUUCCUUCUGCUUCAGUGUCAAGGCAAGAUCAGUCCAGAUGACAUCAUCCUGUACCAGGGAAUGUGUCUAGCGCCCCCUACGUUACCCGAUGUCGAUCUCGCUUACCGAGGAACUGCCGGACCCUGAAGAGAACUAAACACUAUAAUGGUCCUCACCGAGAUGUACAAAUAAUUGGUCUUUCAAUCAGUGGUAUAACUACUGGCAAUCACCAGUGACUUUCUACCUUCUUUGUUAUGUUAUGUUUUUUAUGUGCAUGGGACACCUCUAGUGUCAUGAUCGAACAAACCAAGAAAACUGUUGCUUUAUGAAUUCAUCGAUAGAUUACACUCGUUCGAGUACCAGCGAUGGAAAAGUUGUGACAGACUCAGCUACAAAUAGCUUGACUACACUUUUGAACCAUGGAUAUACAGCGGUAUACCUAGUGAACAUGGUGAAUACAAGAAUCUGCUUUUGGAUGUUUUGGCAAGAGACACAUUGGUAAAGACUAAACAUAAUUAUUGGCCAACAAACAUGACGGAAGACGAAUGGGUGUUCCGUAGAGUUGAUCGCAAAGUUGGGCAGAAAUUUUCGACGAACCACUUUGCUAUCAUGGGUAUGAAGUGCUAAAUGGUGCGUCAAUUUGUUUUAUACAUUAAGCAAAUUUGAUUACCUUUCUCAACGUUCAUCCUAACAUGGCAUUUACUUUUCUUGACACUUUCGAAGUGCAGGCAGAUCUCCUCAGUUGCUAUUGUCGCAUAGAUCGUUACUUAUGAUUUAGUCACAUCAACGAAAUCGAAUCAAACCGAUUGAUGGUAUGCCAUUCGAUAUCAUGCAAUAGCUUUGAUUGGUCCGGAUUCGUUUUUGUUGGUGUGGUGUUUUGAUUGACCAUUGGGGCUGGCCCCCGUGAUUGUAACUCUUAUGCAAAACAAAAACCCAACAAAACUGACAUGAUGAGGCUAUUUCCUUUAUGUAAGAAGAAAUCACAUUUUUCUCCCAAUAUCGUUCUUGUUUUCACGUUCAUCACGGUAU